CUCACCGACUGUGCCCUCUUCCGCCCGUGACCCCGGUUGACCUCUGCAGCUCACUCGUUCCUGUCUUUUUGUCGCAGCACGUGGGCUGCGAUCGUGUGCUCGGGUCGGACGUGCGUGAAGAUCGCUGUCGGAUCUGCGGCGGCGAUGGGAGCAGCUGCACCUCGGUGGAGGGAGUCUUCAACGACUCGCUGCCUGAAGGAGAUUAUGAAGAAGUGGUGAGAAUUCCUAAAGGAUCAGUGUUCAUCCACAUUCAAGAGCUCAACAUUUCCCUCAACUACCUUGUCCUGAAGAGCAAAAACGACCAGUAUUUUAUCAAUGGGAAGCUUAACAUUGACACGCCUCGAAGGUUCAGCGUUGCCGGGACGAUUUUCCACUACCGGCGGCCCACCGACGGUCCAGAAACGCUAGAAGCUCUGGGCCCAACAAACAUGACCCUCAUUGUCAUGGUGCUGGUGAGGGAGGACAACCAGGGGAUCCACUAUCGCUUCAACCCGCCUGUCAGCAGGGAUCCCAUGAGCGGCUUCGCCUGGCAGUACACGUCCUGGUCCCGCUGUUCGGCUUUGUGUGCUGGAGGUGUACAGAUCCAGCAGGUUGUGUGUAAGAGGCAGUCGGAUCUUUCUGUCGUCUACAAUCACUUCUGUGACAAGAAGAGCAAACCCAAAGAGAAGAGAAGAUCCUGCAACACUGAGCCGUGCUCCCCAAACUGGUGGACAGGAGAGUGGUCGGAGUGCAGCCGCAGUUGUAACGGCGGCCUGCGCACUCGGGAGGUGUUAUGUAAAAGGAGAAUCUCUGCGGUGGAGGAGAAGGUCCUGGACGACUCGGCCUGCAGCUCCGCCCGCCCCUCGUUCACAGAGCCCUGCAGCAACCACAGCUGCCCUCCAGAGUGGCUGGCCUUGGACUGGUCCGAGUGCACACCCAGUUGUGGUCCCGGCUACCGACACCGAGUGGUGUUGUGUAAGAGCGGGGAGAGCGGCAACACAUUGCCAGACUCAAAGUGUCCCAAAAAUGGCCGCCCGACCUCCAGGGUGCGCUGUAACCUGCAGCGCUGCCCUCCUCCUGUCUGGGUGACAGGCCCGUGGGGCGAGUGCUCUGCCAGAUGUGGUCUGGGUCAGGAGAUGCGCUCGGUUCAGUGCCUGGCCCACACUGGCCAGCCAUCCAACGAGUGUCUGGAGCAUCAGCGGCCCGCCGCCAUGCAGCAGUGCAAGAGCAAAUGUGACGCCAGUCUGCCCGUCAACUCGGAGAAUCCAGAAGAGUGUAAAGAUGUGAGCACUGUGGCGUACUGCCCCCUGGUGCUCAGGUUCAAGUUCUGCAACCGGCCAUAUUUCAGACAGAUGUGCUGUAAGACCUGCCAGGGACACUGACGCUGCUGCGGUUGCGGGGUCAAACAGUAAGACUGAACCUUUUCCACUGAGCCUCGCUGCAGCAGCCUUCACCGUUUCUCCGUCGGUUCAAGUUUGGGGUCCACUGUCGAUGCUGACAAACAAAUCCUGAAGUUAGUCAGAGGGGUUCUUUCUUUUCCUCUCCUCACUGAUAAUCCAGAUUUGAAAUCUCUGGACCAAACAUCAUUCCACUGGAGGAGAGGGUCCAGCGCUGAAACCUGAGAGGAAGGAGGGAGGAAGGCAGCAGCUGACCCUCUCUUUGCCUCUCUAAACUUUGACUUUGUCUUAAUAUUUUGGUGCUAUACGUUUUAUUUUGGCUACGGGACUGGUUUCAGUAAUCUUAAACUCCACUUCUUAUUACUUGAGUGGCCUAAAUGUUUAGCCUGUUAUACGUUUUUAAAACAUCCACCUUGAAAGGAAGUGAUUUUCACGGUAUCUGUGCCCACAGCACUGCAACAACACAAAAUCUUACCAAUUCAUUUUGGUCUAGUUUCUGAUGCAAAUAUGUUAGUUCACUUGAAAGAAGACAAAACUGACCUACAAGUAACUUAGAUACAAGCUUCUUUCAAGUCAAUAUUUUAUUAAUGUUGAUGGAAAAAAGUACUUGUUCCAUUGCCCCUGAUGGCAAGAUAUUUUUCCAUGUAUAAGUGAAAUGAUCUGUCUAUGGAGUAAGUACAAUUUCAUAA